UGGAGAGGCUUUGCUCCCAAGGAUAUUUACUAGAUGUUGCUGGUCUGAAGAAACAGAGAGAAAAAAGCCACAAGUGCUAAAAAAACCCCCAGAGCAUCUAUAUAGGCUAAUGCUGGGAAGACAGAAAUUGCCUCAUUAACCUAAGUGAGUGGGGGAGAGACAGAAGAAUACCCUCAAAAUGGAGGAAGAAGAAUAUGAGGAAGUUGUGGAGUACUACAUUGAAGAGACAAUUAUUGAGGAGGGUGAACCAUAUGAGGUGGUCACUGAGGUCACUGAGACCGUUAGCACAGACUUCACAGGUCCUAAAACUACCACCUAUACUGUUGAGCGUGAAAAACCUUCUGUUCAGGAUGCAGCACCUCCAGUCAGAAAGAGGACAAUACGGACAAAAGUGGACCCAUCUAAGUUUUUGACACCUUAUCUGCAACACAGUAAUAAAAUGAAGGACCUAUUCAGUGAGAACAAGUACAAAGAAAAAUUUAGAAAAGAAAAAGGAAAGCCAUAUGCUUCAACAAUUGAUACCCCAGAAAUUCGGAGAAUCAAGAAAGUGCAAGACCAGCUCAGUGAGGUUAAAUACCGCAUGGCUGGUGAAGUUGCUAGAACUAUUUGCCACGUUGAUGAAAAGGCCAAGGAUAUAGAACAUGCAAAGAAAGUGUCACAGCAAGUGAGCAAGGUAUUAUAUAAACAGAACUGGGAGGAGAAUAAGGACAAGUACCUGCUUCCCCCUGAUGCUCCAGAGCUUGUGAAUGCAAUAAAAAACACAGCAAUGUUCAGUAAGAAACUCUAUACUGAAGACUGGGAAGGAGACAAAACAUUGUUUUAUCCAUACAAUGACAGUCCAGAGCUCAGAAGGGUGGCACAGGCUCAAAAGGCUCUGAGUGAUAUUGUCUACAAAAAAGGGCAUGAUGAGCGAAAAACUAAAUAUACUUCUCUGCCAGAUCCACCUGAUGUGGAACAAGCCAAGAAGGUGACAAGGCAGCUGAGUGAUGUUAUUUACCAUAAGGACUAUAAAAACAAUAUCAAAGGCAAGUGGAGUCAAACUCCAUGCUAUGAUGUUGCAAUUGCGAAAAUGAAUGCAGAAAAUAUAAGUAUGAAAAAAUACCAGGAAGACUUUGAAAACGUGAAAGACCAAAUCUAUUUUAUGCAGACUGAAACUCCAGAAUAUGAAGCUAAUAAGCGAGUUUCAAAUAAUGUCAGUAAGGUAAAAUACAGAGCAGACUAUGAAAAGAACAAAGCUAUUGCAGAUUAUAAUGUGCUUCCUGCUACAGAGAACCCAUUGCUGAGGCAAUUAAAAGCUGCAGGAGACGUGCUGAGCGAUAAAUUAUACAAAGAAGCCUAUGAAAAAUCAAAAGGAACCAGCAUGAAUUACUGUGACACACCGAAGUUCCAGACUGAUACUGUUCUGAAGAAUUUUAGUGAUGUAAAAUAUAAAGAUGCAUAUCAAAAGAAUAUUUUAGGACACUAUGUGGGCAGCUUUGAGGACCCACAUCAUACACACUGCAUGAAAGUCGAAGCUAUGAAGAGUGAUAAAAAUUACAAAGCAGAUUAUGAGGAGGAAAAGACAAAAUGCUACUUCCCUCAGACCAUAACUCAAGAGUAUGAAGCUAUUAAGAAGUUAGAGCAGUGUAAAGAUCACACCUACAAAAAGCAUCCUGAUCAAACCAAAUUUACUCAAGUGACUGACUCUCCGGUACAGAAGCAAGCAGAGAUCAAUAGCAAACAGCUGAGUGAUAUAAUGUAUAAAUCCAAAGGUGAAGAAAUUAUUCACAAGUACCACCUCCCUCCAGAUGUGCCCCAGUUUAUACAGGCUAAAGUUAAUGCCUACAAUAUUAGUGAUAACUAUUACAAAACAGGAUUGGAAGAAUUAAAAUCAAGGGGAUAUGAUCUAAAAAGUGAUGCUAUUCCUAUCCGAGCUGCCAAGGCCGCUAGGCAGGCUGCCAGUGAUGUUAACUAUAAAAAAGCCUAUGAACUUGCCAAGGGUAAACUCGUUGGCUUCAAGAGCCUGCAAGAUGAUCCCAAACUCGUUCAUUAUAUGAAAGUAGCCAAGAUGCAGUCUGAGCGAGAGUACAAGAAAGAUUAUGAGAAAACAAAAACUAGGUACAACAUUCCACUGGAUAUGGUCAAUGUUGUCGGUGCCAAGAAGGCUCAAGAGAUUGCCAGCAAUACUAAUUACAAGAACCUCCUACACCACUAUACUUAUUUACCAGAUGCAAUGAAUGUGGAGCUGACCAAAAAUAUGAUGGAGAUUCAGAGUGAUAAUGCAUACAAAGCAGAUUAUAAUAACUGGAUGAAAGGCAUUGGCUGGAUCCCCAUUGGCUCACUAGAAGUAGAAAAAGUUAAAAAAGCUGGAGAUGCCUUGAAUGAAAAGAAAUAUCGUCAGCAUCCAGGCACCAUUAAAUUUACAAGUGUGGCAGACUCUCCGGUAAUGCUCCAAGCCAAACAGAAUUCAGUUCAACUCAAUGAUAAACUAUACAGAUCUUCUGGAGAGGAAGUUAAACAUAAAUAUACUCUUACCCCGGAUGUCCCACAGUUUAUCCAGGCUAGAUACAAUGCAGCUAACAUCAGUGAUGCAUAUUAUAAACAAGGCUACCAUGAUCUAAUAGCUAAAGGGAACAAUGUGUCGCUUGAUGCUAUUCCAAUUACUCUAGCCAAGGCUUCAAGAAACAUUGCUAGUGAUUAUAAAUAUAAAGAAGCAUAUGAAAAGGCUAAAGGAAAACAGGUUGGUUUCAGAAGCCUGCAAGAUGACCCUAAGCUUGUCCACUACAUGAAUGUAGCAAAGAUUCAGUCUGAGCGUGAGUACAAGAAAGACUAUGAGAAGACCAAGGCUAACUAUCAUACACCUCCUGACAUGUACAGUAUCCAGGCUGCUAAACAGUCUCAGGAUGUAGCUUCUAAUGCCCACUACAAAAAUCUGAUCCAUCACUACACUUAUCUGCCAGAUGCCAUGGAUGUUGAGCUUGCAAAGAACAUGAUGCAAAUUCAGAGUGAUAAUGCAUACAAACAAGAGUAUAACAGCUGGUUCAAGGGUAUUGGAUGGAGUCCUCUCGGUUCUCUGGAUGUUGAAAAAGCUAAAAAGGCUGGAGAUGCAUUAAAUGAAAAGAAAUACCGUCAGCACCCAGACACCAUCAAAUUUACAAGUAUACCAGAUUCAAUACCAAUGGUUUUAGCUCAGCACAACACCAAGCAACUGAGUGAUGUAACAUAUAAGCAAGAGGGUGAAAAAGUAAAACACAAAUACACCCUGGAUCCCGAUGUUCCUCAGUUCAUUCAAGCCAGGGUCAACGCCUUCAAUUUGAGUGAUGCUAACUACAAAGCGGACUGGAAAAAAACCAUUGCCAAAGGAUAUGAUCUGAAACCAGAUGCCAUUCCUAUUAUUGCUGCUAAAGCUUCUCGAAAUAUUGCAAGUGAUUACAAGUACAAGGAAUCAUAUGAGAAAGAAAAAGGCAAACAGGUUGGAUACCGUAGCCUGCAGGAUGAUCCUAAACUUGUUCAUUACAUGAAUGUGGCCAAAAUGCAAUCAGAUCGUGAAUACAAGAAGGAUUACGAAGUCACCAAGACCAAAUAUCAUACUCCUUUGGAUAUGUUCAGCGUGACGGCUGCCAAGAAAGCCCAGGAAGCAGUUACAAACACUGGCUAUAAACAGCUAAUUCACGAUUAUACACUCUUGCCUGAUUCUGUGAAUCUGGAGCUAUCAAGAAAUGUGAUGCAGCUUCAGAGUGACAAUGUGUACAAAGCAGACUUUAAUAACUGGUUGAGAGGAGUUGGCUGGAUACCAAUUCAGUCACUGGAUGUAGAAAAGGCCAAAAAAGCUACAGAGAUUCUCAGCGAGAAGAAGUAUCGCCAGCACCCAGACAAGCUGAAGUACUCUAUUACAAUGGAUGCAAUGGAACAAGUGCUAGCUAAGCAAAAUGCCAAGACCAUGAAUAAGAGGCUCUACACCGAUAAAUGGAACAAAGAGAAGACCAGCAUUCAUGUUAUGCCAGACCCAGAAAUUCUGCAGUCUAGAGUGAACCAGAUCACAAUGAGUAAUAAACUUUAUAAAGCUGGAUGGGAGGAAGACAAGAAGAAAGGUUAUGACAUGCAGCCAGAUGCUAUUCCAAUAAAAGCAGCCAAAGCCUCCAGAGACAUUGCAAGCGAUUAUAAAUACAAACUAGCCUACGAAAAAGAGAAGGGAAAGCAUAUUGGGUUCCGCAGCCUUGAAGACGACCCCAAGCUGGUGCACUUCAUGCAGGUGGCUAAGAUGCAAUCUGAUCGUGAAUACAAAAAAGAUUAUGAGAAGGCAAAGACUAAUUUCCAUACUCCAGUUGACAUGGUCAGUGUUGUGGCAGCCAAGAAAGCACAGGAAGUGGCUACAAAUGCAAACUACAAAAACUUGAUCCAUACCUACAAUGUUUUGCCUGAUGCUAUGAGUCUUGAAUUAGCCAAAAACAUGAUGCAGCUACAAAGUGAUAAUCAAUACAGAGCAGAGUAUGAUGAAACUAUGAAGGGUGUUGGAUGGAUGCCACUGGGCUCCCUGGAAGCUGAGAAGAACAAAAAAGCGAUGGAAAUUGUUAGUGAAAAGAAGUAUCGUCAGCAUCCAGACAAGUUUAAGUAUUCUGUUCCUAUGGAUUCCAUGAACAUGGUCUUAGCUUUAAAUAAUGCUAAAAUCAUGGAUGAGCACAAGUACAAACAAGCAUGGGAAGAAGACAAAAAGAAAGUUCACAUCACACCAGAUAUUCCACAGCUUGCUUUAGCAAAAGUUAAUGCAUUUAAUUUAAGUGAUAAAAUGUACAGACUUUCAUUUGAAGAAUCUAGGAAGAAAGGGUAUGAUCUCAGAGCUGAUGCUAUCCCUAUUAAAGCUGCCAAAGCUUCUAGGGAUAUUGCUAGUGAUUAUAAAUACAAAUUAGGUUAUGAACAAGACAAGGGAAAACUUGUAGGCUUCCGCAGCCUUCAGGACGAUCCCAAACUUGUCCAUUAUAUGCAAGUGGCUAAGAUGCAGUCUGAUCGUGAAUACAAGAAAGCUUAUGAGAUGAGCAAGACACAUUACCAAACGCCUUCUGAUACACUCAGCAUCGUGGCAGCUAAGGAGGCACAAGAUCGUGUAACCAAUACUAACUACAAACGACUGAUUCACCAAUAUAUGCUUCUACCAGAUGCAAUGAGUUUAGAACUGUACAGAAACAUGAAUCAUAUACAAAGUGAUAAUGAGUACAAGCAGGAUUACAAUGAGUGGUUCAAAGGUAUCGGUUGGAGUCCUGCUGGUUCUCUGGAUGUGGAGAAAUCUAAGAAAGCUACAGAAAUUGCAAGUGAUUGGAAAUACCGUCAGCAUCCCAGCAUGUUCCCCUUUACGAAACAGAAUGAUGCCAUGGACAUGGUCCUGGCAAAGCAGAAUGCAAAUGUAAUGAACAAACGUGCUUAUACUCAAGCUUGGGAGAAGGAUAAAAUUCAGGUUCAUGUGAUGCCAGAUACACCAGAUAUUCUACAGGCAAAACAGAACAAGGCAAACUACAGUCAGAAACUGUACAAGCUUGGCUGGGAGGAAAUGAUAAAGAAAGGCUAUGACCUCACACCUGAAGCCAUUUCAGUGAAAGCUGCCAAAGCUUCAAGGGACAUUGCAAGUGAUUACAAGUACAAAGAAGGUUACCGCAAGCAACAGGGUCAUCACAUUGGAUUCCGCAGCUUACAGGAUGAUCCUAAGAUGUUGUGGUCUAUGCAAGUAGCUAAGAUGCAGAGUGAGAGGGAGUACAAGAAGGAUUUUGAAAAGUGGAAGACAAAGUUUAAUAUGCCCGUGGAUAUGUUAGGCUUCCUUCUUGCUAAGAAAUGUCAGGAAUUGGUUAGUGAUAUAGACUACAAACGGAUGCUACACCACUGGACUUGUCUGCCAGACCAGGUUGAUGUCACCCAGGCAAAGAAGGUCUACGAACUACAGAGUGAUAAUCUAUAUAAGUCAGAUCUACAGUGGCUCAGAGGCCUUGGAUGGAGUCCUUUGGGAUCUUUGGAAUCUGAAAAGAACAAGAAAGCUUCUGAAAUACUGAGUGAAAAGAAAUACCGGCAACACCCGGACACCAUCAAAUUCACGAGCCUUCCUGACUCGAUGCCUAUGGUUCUGGCAAAGCACAACUCUGACAUUAUGAACCAACGUGCGUACACCUCAGCCUGGGAGAAGGAUAAAACCAGCGUUCACAUUAUGCCGGAUACACCUGGUAUUCUGCUAGCCCAGCAGAACCAAGUGAACUUCAGCGAGAAACUGUACAAGCUUGCGAUGGAGGAAGACAAGAAGAAGGGCUACGACAUGCGGGCAGAUGCCAUUCCUAUCAAGUCUGCUAAAGCUUCCAGAGACAUUGCAAGUGAUUACAAGUAUAAGGAAGGCUAUCGCAAGCAGCUUGGCCACCAUAUCGGAGCCCGUAACAUAGAGGAUGAUCCGAAGAUGAUGUGGUCAAUGCACGUAGCCAAGAUCCAGAGUGACAGGGAGUACAAGAAAGCCUUUGAGAAGACAAAGACACACUUCAGUAGCCCAGUGGACAUGCUGGGAGUCGUGUUGGCCAAGAAAUGUCAGGAGCUGGUCAGCGACAUUGAUUACAAGCACCAUCUGCAUCGGUGGACCUGUCUGCCAGACCAGAACGAUGUUGUACAAGCCAGGAAAGUGUACGACCUUCAGAGUGAUAAUGUGUACAAGUCUGACCUUCUGUGGCUGAGGGGCAUUGGCUGGUUGCCCAGUGGUUCGCUGGAUGAUGAGAAGAAUAAGAGGGCGAGCCUCAUCCUGAGUGAAAAGAAGUAUCGGCAACACCCGGACACCAUCAAAUUCACGAGCCUUCCUGACUCGAUGCCUAUGGUUCUGGCAAAGCACAACUCUGACAUUAUGAACCAACGUGCGUACACCUCAGCCUGGGAGAAGGAUAAAACCAGCGUUCACAUUAUGCCGGAUACACCUGGUAUUCUGCUAGCCCAGCAGAACCAAGUGAACUUCAGUGAGAAACUGUACAAGCUUGCGAUGGAGGAAGACAAGAAGAAGGGCUACGACAUGCGGGCAGAUGCCAUUCCUAUCAAGUCUGCUAAAGCUUCCAGAGACAUUGCAAGUGAUUACAAGUAUAAGGAAGGCUAUCGCAAGCAGCUUGGCCACCAUAUCGGAGCCCGUAACAUAGAGGAUGAUCCAAAGAUGAUGUGGUCGAUGCACGUAGCCAAGAUCCAGAGUGACAGGGAGUACAAGAAAGCCUUUGAGAAGACAAAGACACACUUCAGUAGCCCGGUGGACAUGCUGGGAAUCGUGUUGGCCAAGAAAUGUCAGGAGCUGGUCAGCGACAUUGAUUACAAGCACCAUCUGCAUCGGUGGACCUGUCUGCCAGACCAGAACGAUGUUGUACAAGCCAGGAAAGUGUACGACCUUCAGAGUGAUAAUGUGUACAAGUCCGACCUUCUGUGGCUGAGGGGCAUUGGCUGGUUGCCCAGUGGUUCACUGGACGAUGAGAAGAAUAAGAGGGCGAGCCUCAUCCUGAGUGAAAAGAAGUAUCGGCAACACCCGGACACCAUCAAAUUCACGAGCCUUCCUGACUCGAUGCCUAUGGUUCUGGCAAAGCACAACUCUGACAUUAUGAACCAACGUGCGUACACCUCAGCCUGGGAGAAAGAUAAAACCAGCGUUCACAUUAUGCCGGAUACUCCUGGUAUUCUGCUAGCCCAGCAGAACCAAGUGAACUUCAGUGAGAAACUGUACAAGCUUGCGAUGGAGGAAGACAAGAAGAAGGGCUACGACAUGCGGGCAGAUGCCAUUCCUAUCAAGUCUGCUAAAGCUUCCAGAGACAUUGCAAGUGAUUACAAGUAUAAGGAAGGCUAUCGCAAGCAGCUCGGCCACCAUAUCGGAGCCCGUAACAUAGAGGAUGAUCCAAAGAUGAUGUGGUCAAUGCACGUAGCCAAGAUCCAGAGUGACAGGGAGUACAAGAAAGCCUUUGAGAAGACAAAGACACACUUCAGUAGCCCAGUGGACAUGCUGGGAGUCGUGUUGGCCAAGAAAUGUCAGGAGCUGGUCAGCGACAUUGAUUACAAGCACCAUCUGCAUCGGUGGACCUGUCUGCCAGACCAGAACGAUGUUGUACAAGCCAGGAAAGUGUACGACCUUCAGAGUGAUAAUGUGUACAAGUCUGACCUUCUGUGGCUGAGGGGCAUUGGCUGGUUGCCCAGUGGUUCGCUGGACGAUGAGAAGAAUAAGAGGGCGAGCCUCAUCCUGAGUGAAAAGAAGUAUCGGCAACACCCGGACACCAUCAAAUUCACGAGCCUUCCUGACUCGAUGCCUAUGGUUCUGGCAAAGCACAACUCUGACAUUAUGAACCAACGUGCGUACACCUCAGCCUGGGAGAAAGAUAAAACCAGCGUUCACAUUAUGCCGGAUACUCCUGGUAUUCUGCUAGCCCAGCAGAACCAAGUGAACUUCAGUGAGAAACUGUACAAGCUUGCGAUGGAGGAAGACAAGAAGAAGGGCUACGACAUGCGGGCAGAUGCCAUUCCUAUCAAGUCUGCUAAAGCUUCCAGAGACAUUGCAAGUGAUUACAAGUAUAAGGAAGGCUAUCGCAAGCAGCUUGGCCACCAUAUCGGAGCCCGUAACAUAGAGGAUGAUCCGAAGAUGAUGUGGUCGAUGCACGUAGCCAAGAUCCAGAGUGACAGGGAGUACAAGAAAGCCUUUGAGAAGACAAAGACACACUUCAGUAGCCCGGUGGACAUGCUGGGAGUCGUGUUGGCCAAGAAAUGUCAGGAGCUGGUCAGCGACAUUGAUUACAAGCACCAUCUGCAUCGGUGGACCUGUCUGCCAGACCAGAACGAUGUUGUACAAGCCAGGAAAGUGUACGACCUUCAGAGUGAUAAUGUGUACAAGUCCGACCUUCUGUGGCUGAGGGGCAUUGGCUGGUCGCGUGGUUCGCUGGAUGAUGAGAAGAAUAAGAGGGCGAGCCUCAUCCUGAGUGAAAAGAAGUAUCGGCAACACCCGGACACCAUCAAAUUCACGAGCCUUCCUGACUCGAUGCCUAUGGUUCUGGCAAAGCACAACUCUGACAUUAUGAACCAACGUGCGUACACCUCAGCCUGGGAGAAGGAUAAAACCAGCGUUCACAUUAUGCCGGAUACGCCUGGUAUUCUGCUAGCCCAGCAGAACCAAGUGAACUUCAGCGAGAAACUGUACAAGCUUGCGAUGGAGGAAGACAAGAAGAAGGGCUACGACAUGCGGGCAGAUGCCAUUCCUAUCAAGUCUGCUAAAGCUUCCAGAGACAUUGCAAGUGAUUACAAGUAUAAGGAAGGCUAUCGCAAGCAGCUCGGUCACCAUAUCGGAGCCCGUAACAUAGAGGAUGAUCCGAAGAUGAUGUGGUCGAUGCACGUAGCCAAGAUCCAGAGUGACAGGGAGUACAAGAAAGCCUUUGAGAAGACAAAGACACACUUCAGUAGCCCAGUGGACAUGCUGGGAAUCGUGUUGGCCAAGAAAUGUCAGGAGCUGGUCAGCGAUGUUGAUUACCGCCACUAUCUGCAUCAGUGGAUCUGUCUGCCAGACCAGAAUGACGUUAUCCAUGCUAAGAAAGCCUAUGAUCUACAGAGUGAUAAUUGCUACAAGUCUGACCUUGAAUGGUUGCGGGGCAUUGGUUGGGUCCCAAUUGGUUCCCUGGAAGUUGAAAAAGCCAAGAAGGCAGGGGAGAUCUUGAGUGAUAAAGUAUACCGUCAGCCUCCGGACACAAUCAAGUUUACUAGCGUCACUGAUUCUCUAGAGAUGGUCUUAGCCAAGCAGAAUGCAGAGACAAUGAAUAAGCGUUUAUAUACUGAGGCCUGGGAUAAAGACAAGACACAAGUCCACAUAAUGCCUGACACACCUGAAAUCACACUGGCAAAACAGAACAUGCAAAACUACAGUGUGAACCUCUACAAACAGGCCAUGGAAGAAGCAAAGAAGAAAGGCUAUGAUUUGAGAAGUGAUGCUAUCCCCAUUCAAGCUGCCAAGGCAUCCAGGCAAAUUGCCAGUGACUACAAAUACAAAGAAGGCUAUCGCAAGCAGCUUGGUCACCACAUAGGGGCCCGUAACAUAGAGGAUGAUCCAAAGAUGAUGUGGUCGAUGCACGUAGCCAAGAUCCAGAGUGACAGGGAGUACAAGAAAGCCUUUGAGAAGACAAAGACACACUUCAGUAGCCCAGUGGACAUGCUGGGAAUCGUGUUGGCCAAGAAAUGUCAGGAGCUGGUCAGCGAUGUUGAUUACCGCCACUAUCUGCAUCAGUGGAUCUGUCUGCCAGACCAGAAUGAUGUUAUCCAUGCUAAGAAAGCCUAUGAUCUACAGAGUGAUGCUGUUUACAAAUCAGACCUGGAAUGGCUAAGAGGUAUUGGAUGGGUUCCUAUUGGUUCCAUAGAAGUUGAGAAAGCCAAGAAAGCUGGAGAAAUCCUGAGUGAAAGGAAGUAUCGUCAACCAGCAGACCAAAUUAAAUUUACUAGUGUGACAGAUUCUUUGGCCAUGGUCUUAGCCAAGCAAAAUGCUGAGAUAAUGAACAAGCGUUUAUACACAGAAGCCUGGGAUGCAGACAAAACAUCAAUUCAUGUCAUGCCUGACACACCGACAAUUUUGUUAGCGAAGGCCAAUGCAGCUAAUGUUAGCCAAAAACUUUAUACACAAGCUUGGGAAGAGGCCAAACAGAAGGGUUAUGACAUGAGAGCUGAUGCAAUUCCAAUCCGAAGUGCAAAGGCAUCAAGAGAUAUUGCGAGUGAUUACAAGUACAAAGAAACGCACGAGAAGCAGAAAGGCCACUACAUUGGGUGCCGAACUGCCAAGGAGGAUCCCAAACUGUCGUGGGCUGCGCGUGCCAUGUUGCUGCAGAACGACCGAAUUUACAGGAAGGCGUACCAUGAUUCAAAGGCCCAGAUCCACAUACCGGUCGACGCGAUGUCGGUGCAGGCAGCCAAGGAGUGCCAGGCACUAGUCAGUGAUGUUGAUUACCGCCACUAUCUGCAUCAGUGGACCUGUCUGCCUGACCAGAAUGACGUGAUCCAUGCAAGGAAGGCCUACGAUCUACAGAGUGAUAAUGUGUACAAGUCAGACCUGGAAUGGUUGCGAGGCAUCGGCUGGUUGCCAGAAGGUUCUGUGGAUGUGGUCAAAGCCAAGAAGGCCCAGGAACUCCUGAAUGAGCGGUUGUACCGCACGCGGCCGGAGGAGAUGAAAUUCACUAGCAUUACUGACACGCCAGACGUUGUCCAGGCUAAGAUCAACGCUUUGCAGAUCAGCGACCAUCUGUAUCGUGAAGCCUGGGAUAGAGAUAAGACGCAGAUUUCCAUACCUUCCGAUACUCCUGUAAUGCUGCAGUCCAAAGUCAAUGCUCUCAACAUCAGCAAUAAACAUUAUCAGAAGGCCUGGGAUGAGGCCAAGGCGAAAAGCUAUGACAUAAGAGCUGAUGCCAUUCCCAUCAAACACGCCAGGGCUUCCAGAGACAUUGCUAGUGAGUACAAGUACAAAGAAACGCACGAGAAGCAGAAAGGCCACUACAUUGGGUGCCGAACUGCCAAGGAGGAUCCCAAACUGUCGUGGGCUGCGCGUGCCAUGUUGCUGCAGAACGACCGAAUUUACAGGAAGGCGUACCAUGAUUCAAAGGCCCAGAUCCACAUACCGGUCGACGCGAUGUCGGUGCAGGCAGCCAAGGAGUGCCAGGCACUAGUCAGUGAUGUUGACUACCGCCACUAUCUGCAUCAGUGGACCUGUCUGCCUGACCAGAAUGACGUGAUCCAUGCAAGGAAGGCCUACGAUCUACAGAGUGAUAAUGUGUACAAGUCAGACCUGGAAUGGUUGCGAGGCAUCGGCUGGUUGCCAGAAGGUUCUGUGGAUGUGGUCAAAGCCAAGAAGGCCCAGGAACUCCUGAAUGAGCGGUUGUACCGCACGCGGCCGGAGGAGAUGAAAUUCACUAGCAUUACUGACACGCCAGACGUUGUCCAGGCUAAGAUCAACGCUUUGCAGAUCAGCGACCAUCUGUAUCGUGAAGCCUGGGAUAGAGAUAAGACGCAGAUUUCCAUACCUUCCGAUACUCCUGUAAUGCUGCAGUCCAAAGUCAAUGCUCUCAACAUCAGCAAUAAACAUUAUCAGAAGGCCUGGGAUGAGGCCAAGGCGAAAAGCUAUGACAUAAGAGCUGAUGCCAUUCCCAUCAAACACGCCAGGGCUUCCAGAGACAUUGCUAGUGAGUACAAGUACAAAGAAACGCACGAGAAGCAGAAAGGCCACUACAUUGGGUGCCGAACUGCCAAGGAGGAUCCCAAACUGUCGUGGGCUGCGCGUGCCAUGUUGCUGCAGAACGACCGAAUUUACAGGAAGGCGUACCAUGAUUCAAAGGCCCAGAUCCACAUACCGGUCGACGCGAUGUCGGUGCAGGCAGCCAAGGAGUGCCAGGCACUAGUCAGUGAUGUUGACUACCGCCACUAUCUGCAUCAGUGGACCUGUCUGCCUGACCAGAAUGACGUGAUCCAUGCAAGGAAGGCCUACGAUCUACAGAGCGAUAAUGUGUACAAGUCAGACCUGGAAUGGUUGCGAGGCAUCGGCUGGUUGCCAGAAGGUUCUGUGGAUGUGGUCAAAGCCAAGAAGGCCCAGGAACUCCUGAAUGAGCGGUUGUACCGCACGCGGCCGGAGGAGAUGAAAUUCACUAGCAUUACUGACACGCCAGACGUUGUCCAGGCUAAGAUCAACGCUUUGCAGAUCAGCGACCAUCUGUAUCGUGAAGCCUGGGAUAGAGAUAAGACGCAGAUUUCCAUACCUUCCGAUACUCCUGUAAUGCUGCAGUCCAAAGUCAAUGCUCUCAACAUCAGCAAUAAACAUUAUCAGAAGGCCUGGGAUGAGGCCAAGGCGAAAAGCUAUGACAUAAGAGCUGAUGCCAUUCCCAUCAAACACGCCAGGGCUUCCAGAGACAUUGCUAGUGAGUACAAGUACAAAGAAACGCACGAGAAGCAGAAAGGCCACUACAUUGGGUGCCGAACUGCCAAGGAGGAUCCCAAACUGUCGUGGGCUGCGCGUGCCAUGUUGCUGCAGAACGACCGAAUUUACAGGAAGGCGUACCAUGAUUCAAAGGCCCAGAUCCACAUACCGGUCGACGCGAUGUCGGUGCAGGCAGCCAAGGAGUGCCAGGCACUAGUCAGUGAUGUUGACUACCGCCACUAUCUGCAUCAGUGGACCUGUCUGCCUGACCAGAAUGACGUGAUCCAUGCAAGGAAGGCCUACGAUCUACAGAGCGAUAAUGUGUACAAGUCAGACCUGGAAUGGUUGCGAGGCAUCGGCUGGUUGCCAGAAGGUUCUGUGGAUGUGGUCAAAGCCAAGAAGGCCCAGGAACUCCUGAAUGAGCGGUUGUACCGCACGCGGCCGGAGGAGAUGAAAUUCACUAGCAUUACUGACACGCCAGACGUUGUCCAGGCUAAGAUCAACGCUUUGCAGAUCAGCGACCAUCUGUAUCGUGAAGCCUGGGAUAGAGAUAAGACGCAGAUUUCCAUACCUUCCGAUACUCCUGUAAUGCUGCAGUCCAAAGUCAAUGCUCUCAACAUCAGCAAUAAACAUUAUCAGAAGGCCUGGGAUGAGGCCAAGGCGAAAAGCUAUGACAUAAGAGCUGAUGCCAUUCCCAUCAAACACGCCAGGGCUUCCAGAGACAUUGCUAGUGAGUACAAGUACAAAGAAACGCACGAGAAGCAGAAAGGCCACUACAUUGGGUGCCGAACUGCCAAGGAGGAUCCCAAACUGUCGUGGGCUGCGCGUGCCAUGUUGCUGCAGAACGACCGAAUUUACAGGAAGGCGUACCAUGAUUCAAAGGCCCAGAUCCACAUACCGGUCGACGCGAUGUCGGUGCAGGCAGCCAAGGAGUGCCAGGCACUAGUCAGUGAUGUUGACUACCGCCACUAUCUGCAUCAGUGGACCUGUCUGCCUGACCAGAAUGACGUGAUCCAUGCAAGGAAGGCCUACGAUCUACAGAGCGAUAAUGUGUACAAGUCAGACCUGGAAUGGUUGCGAGGCAUCGGCUGGUUGACAGAAGGUUCUGUGGAUGUGGUCAAAGCCAAGAAGGCCCAGGAACUCCUGAAUGAGCGGUUGUACCGCACGCGGCCGGAGGAGAUGAAAUUCACUAGCAUUACUGACACGCCAGACGUUGUCCAGGCUAAGAUCAACGCUUUGCAGAUCAGCGACCAUCUGUAUCGUGAAGCCUGGGAUAGAGAUAAGACGCAGAUUUCCAUACCUUCCGAUACUCCUGUAAUGCUGCAGUCCAAAGUCAAUGCUCUCAACAUCAGCAAUAAACAUUAUCAGAAGGCCUGGGAUGAGGCCAAGGCGAAAAGCUAUGACAUAAGAGCUGAUGCCAUUCCCAUCAAACACGCCAGGGCUUCCAGAGACAUUGCUAGUGAGUACAAGUACAAAGAAACGCACGAGAAGCAGAAAGGCCACUACAUUGGGUGCCGAACUGCCAAGGAGGAUCCCAAACUGUCGUGGGCUGCGCGUGCCAUGUUGCUGCAGAACGACCGAAUUUACAGGAAGGCGUACCAUGAUUCAAAGGCCCAGAUCCACAUACCGGUCGACGCGAUGUCGGUGCAGGCAGCCAAGGAGUGCCAGGCACUAGUCAGUGAUAUUGACUACCGCCAUUACUUUCACCAGUGGACCUGUCUGCCUGACCAGAAUGACGUGAUCCAUGCAAGGAAGGCCUACGAUCUACAGAGUGAUGCUAUCUAUAAGUCAGACCUAGAGUGGCUCCGUGGAAUUGGCUGGUUGCCUAAUGACUCUCCGGAUGUUAAGAGAGCGAAGCAUGCCCAGGAUCUCCUGAGUGAUAAUGUGUAUCGUACACGUAUUGAAAGCCUGAAAUACAGCAGUGUUGUUGAUUCUCCAGAUGUUCUUCUAGCUAAAGUGAAUGCCGAACAAGUCAGCAUUCCAAAAUACAAAGAAGCCUGGGAAAAGGACAAGACUAUGAUCCAUAUUAUGCCAGACACACCUGAAAUCAACCUAGCCAAGACUAAUGCUGUUAAUUAUAGCCAGAAACUGUAUAAAGAAGCUUGGGAUGAGUUGAAGAUAAGUUAUGAUUUGAGAGCAGAUGCAAUCCCAAUCAAGGCAGCCAAAGCUUCUAGAGAAAUUGCUAGUGAUUAUAAAUACAAACUGGAUCAUGAGAAGCAGAAAGGACAUUAUGUUGGAGUUCCAAAUGCAAAAGCAGAUACGAAAAUGAAGUUUGCCCUCGGCAUAGGCAAAGUUCAGAGUGAACUGGAAUACAAGAAACACUUUGCCAAAUGGAAGACACAGUGCCACCUACCAGUAGACAUGCUGUCUAUCGUAGCAGCUAAACAUGGUCAGUCUUUGGUCAGUGACAUUGAUUACCGUCAUUACCUGCACCAGUGGCUCUGUCUUCCAGAUCAGAAUGAUGUCAUACAGGCUAGGAAAGCCUACGAUCUUCAGAGUGAUGCUAUUUACAAAUCUGAUUUAGAAUGGCUAAGGGGUAUUGGAUGGUUGCCAAAUGAUUCAGUUGGAAUCAACCAUGUCAAAUAUGCUGGAGAUCUCUUGAAUGAGAGAAAGUACCGUACAAAAGCCGAAACUCUUCCUUUUACUCCGGUGGCAGACAGAGUUGAUUAUAUCACAGCAAAGAAUAGUGGUGAAAUUCUUAGUGAUAUUAAGUACCACAAAGCAUGGAAUGAGGUCAAGUCAAAUUAUACUCUAACAGAUACACCACAGCUAGAUAUGGCCCGAGAGGCAGCCAGAAUUCUUAAUCAGAAUUUGUACAAGGAAAGUUGGGAGAAAGAAAAAGCCACUGGUUACCUCUUACCUCCUGACACCGUGCAGAUCUGUCAUGCCAAACGCUCAAAUGAUGUCCAAAGUGAGCUUAAAUACAAAGCUGACUACGUCAAACAAAGAGGUCACUAUGUUGGAGUUGCCAGUAUGAGAGAUGAUCCAAAACUGGUGUGGUUUGAGCACGCAGGAGAGAUCCAGAAUGACAGAUUGUACAAAUCAGACUAUCACAAAACAAAGUCCAGAAUUCACAUCCCUCCGGAUAUGGUGUCAGUUGUAGCAGCGAAGGAAUGUCAGACCUUGGUGAGCGAUAUUGACUACCGCCAAUACCUGCAUGAAUGGACAUGCCAUCCUGACCAGAAUGACUGUAUUCAGGCAAGGAAGGCCUAUGAUCUGCAAAGUGAUAAUAUUUAUAAAUCUGAUUUGGAAUGGCUUCGUGGCUGUGGUUGGAUUCCUCUGGAUUCAGUGGAACAUAAGAAAGUUAAGAAUGCACAAGAACUGAUAAAUAAGAGAGCGUAUACAAAAGAAGCCCUUGAUAACUUUUCCAAUUAUACCAGUGUGGUUGACACUCCCGACAUUGUUUUGGCAAAGAUUAACUCUGUCAAUCAGAGUGAUCUAAAAUACAAAGAAACAUUCAACCUUGAGAAAGGCCAGUAUAUUGGGUCUGAUGAUACUCCUGCACUGAACCAUGCCAAAGACAUGUCCUUACUAUACAGUGAUAAACUUUAUAGAAAAGCUUGGGAAAUCAGCAAGCCCAUUGCGUAUACUUUGGAUGAGAAAUAUAUUCCACUUGUUGGAGCGAAGCGUGCAAACUACAUAAACAGUGAGCUUAAAUAUAAGGAAAUCUAUGAGAAGCUGAAAGGCCAUUACCUGGCUGGGAAGGAGAUUGGUGAUUUCCCCAGUGUCAUUCAUUCGCUAGCAUUCCAGAAAAUGAGGAGCGCGUUGGCAUACAGAAAGAAUUACGAAGACACCAAAGCAAAUGUCCAUAUUCCAAGUGACAUGAUGAAUCACGUGCUAGCCAAGAAGUGCCAGUAUAUCCUCAGUGAUCUUGAAUACCGAACAUACCUUCAUCAGUGGAAUUGUUCACCUGAAGAAAAUGAUGUUAUUCAAGCCAAAAAAGCCCAGGAAAUUUUGAGUGACGUGGUGUAUAAAGAUGACUUAAAUUGGCUGAAGGGACUUGGGUGUUAUGUCUGGGAUACUCCACAAAUCCUGCAUGCUAAAAAAUCGUAUGACCUCCAGAGCCAAAUAAAAUAUACAGCUGCAGGAAAAGAGAAUUUUCAGAACUUCGGUGUUGUUACUGACACACCUCUCUAUGUGACUGCAGUGCAGAGUGGUGUAAAUGCUAGUGAUGUGAAAUAUAAGCAAGAUUACCACAAAACUAAGGACAAGUAUACAACUGUGACUGAAACAGUGGAUUCCGAAAGAGUUCAAAAUUUGAAACAUCUCUUUAGCAAUAAUCUCUACAAGAAAGCCUGGGACAAAGUGAAAGCUACGGGCUAUAUAAUGCCCUCUGAUGCUGUAUCCCUAGCACGUGCAAAAGAACUGAAGCAUAAUGCUAGUAUUGUAAAAUACCGAGAAGAAUAUGACAAGUUUAAGGCACUGUACACGUUACCCAGAGGUGUUGAGGAUGAUCCCAAUACAGCAAGGUGCCUUAGAGUUGGAAAGCUUAAUAUUGAUCGUCUGUACAAGGAAGUCUAUGAAAAGAAUAAAGCCAAAGUCCACAUUAUUCCAGACAUGGUAAACAUAAUUUCUGCUAAGGAUGCACAGAAGAAAAUCAGUGAAAUUGAUUACCGCACACACCUCCAUGAAUGGCUCUGUCUACCAGAUCUUCAAAUCAAUGCCCAUGUUCGAAAAGUAACUGAUCAACUCAGUGAUGUGCUAUACAAGGAUGAUCUUAACUGGCUGAAAGGCAUCGGCUGCUUUGUUUGGGACACUCCUGAAAUUCUCCAUGCCAAACAUGCCUACGAUCUUCGCAGUGAUAUUAAGUACAAAUCUAAGGCAGAAAAAAUGAAGAAUGACUACACUGUGGUCAUGGACACACCUGUCUAUGUCCAGAAUGUCCUCAGUGGCUUGAAUUUAAGUGAAGCUGUCUAUCGUGGUGAAUAUAUGCACAAUGUUAAAGGCAAAGUGAUUCCUACUGAUAAAACAGUAGAUUUGGAGCGCGCGUAUCAUGCGAACAAAAUACAGAGUGAAAAUUUGUAUCGCUGGGCUGGUGUGAAGGCUCUACCUACUGGAUACAGCCUUCCCACAGAUACCCCCAGCUUUCAGCAUGCUAAACAGGUCCAAUACAUUGGCAGUGAUCUGAAAUAUAAAGAAGCCUAUGAACACAUGAAAGCUAAAGGCUAUACUCUGGGACCUAAAGAUGUUGGGUUUGAAAAUGUGAAGAAAGUGAAUCAAGUCAUUAAUGAGAGGUUGUAUCGGGCAACAUACCACAAGUACAAGGACAAGAUUCAUACCACUCCAGACACACCAGAAAUCCGUCAAGUCAGAGCAACACAGGAAGCUGUCAGUGAUCUGAUCUACAAGUCAGAUUUCUUUAAGAUGCAGGGACACUUGAUUUCCUUGCCAUACACUCCUCAGGUGUUGCACUGCCGCCAUGUUGGGGACAUCACAAGUGAUAAUAAAUACAAAGAGGAUCUGAAAUGGUUGAAGGGCUUGGGUUGCUUCCUGUAUGAUACUCCUGAUAUGGUCCGUGCUCGUCACCUGCGUAAACUUUGGUCUAAUUAUAUAUACACGGAUACGGCAAAGAAGAUGUGGGCUAAAUACAACGUGGUAUUGGAUACUCCUGGAUACAGAGCAGUUCAGGAACUAAAAACCCAUUUAAGUGAACUGGUUUACAGAGCUGCAGGCAAGGAGCUGAAGACAAAAUACACUUCCAUCCUUGAUACCCCUGACUUCUUAAGAGCCAAGCAAGGACAAAAAAUACAGAGCCAGUACUUGUACGUGGAACUUGCCACAAAAGAGAGACCCCAUCAUCAUGCUGGUGGUCAGACUCCAGCGUUUACACAUGCUAGGCACGUAAAGGACAUGGUCAGUGAGAAAAAGUAUAAAACCCAGUAUGAGAAGAUGAAGGACAGAUAUACGCCUGUCCCUGACACACCGAUCUUGAUCAGAGCCAAGAGAGCAUACCUGAAUGCGAGUGAUUUGCGCUAUAAGGAAACCUUUGAGAAUACUAAGGGCAAAUACCACACAGUGAAAGAUGCUUUGAAUAUUGUCUAUCAUCGAAAGGUCACCGAUGAUAUUAGCAGUGUGAAAUAUAAGGAAAAUUAUAUGAGCCAGUUAGGAAUCUGGAGAUCAAUCCCAGACCGUCCAGAGCAUUUCCAUCAUCGCGCAGUCACGGAUGCUAUUAGUGAUAUUAAAUACAAGGAAGACUUAACAUGGCUCAGAGGCAUUGGCUGUUAUGCAUGGGAUACUCCAAGUUUUGCUCUGGCAGAAAAGAAUAAAGUGCUCUACAGUGGGUGUAAGUACAAGGAGAUGUUUGAGAAGACUAAGUCUCAUUUUAAGUAUGUAGCUGACUCUCCAAUUAACAAGCAUUUUAAACAUGCAACUCAGUUGAUGGAUGGGAAAUUAUAUAAAGCUGCCUAUGAGAAGCUCAAAGAUAGGUACAGCGUUAUUGUGGAUGAUCCUAGGAACCUCCUGGCCAAGUGGGGGACUACACUGAGCAGUCAGAAAAAAUAUAAAUCCUUUGCCAAGAUGCUCCUGCAACAUGGAUGUAAUGAAAUUCUGAGGCCAGAUAUGCUGACAGCACUCUACAACACAUACUUAUGGAGCCAGGUUGAAUACAAAAAGGACUAUGAAAAGAAGAAGGACAAGUAUACUACAGUCGUGGAUACUCCAGAACACUUAAGGACUACAAAAGUCAACAAACAGAUUAGUGAUAUUAUUUACAAAUUGGAAUAUAACAAAGCGAAGCCUAAAGGCUAUACUACAAUCCAUGAUACACCUAUGUUAUUGCAUGUGCGCAAGGUCAAGGACAGAAUAAGUGAUCUGAAAUACAAAGAAAUGUAUGAGAGGAAUAAAUCUCACUGCAAUGUUGUAGUCGAUUCAGUUCAUAUUAAGACUCCAAGGCAUGCUUACAAGCUAAACAGCAACCUGGAUUAUAAGAAGAAAUAUGAAGCAGCCAAGGCUCAUUGGCACUGGAUUGCUGAUCGGCCUGACUUUGUUCAAGCAGCCAAGUCGUCUCUGCAACAGAGUGAUUAUGAAUACAAACUGGACCGGGAGUACCUAAAGGGAUGCAAACUCUCUGUCACAGAUGAUAAAAACACAGUAUUGGCCUUAAAUAAUGCCAUCUUGGCGAGUGAUAUAAAAUACAAAGAGAAGCACAACAAAGCUCGAGGAACAUACCUUGUUGUUCCAGAUACACCUCAGAUCCUCCUGGCUAAGAAUGUCAGCUCUCUUGUAUCUGAGAACAAAUACAAAGAACAUAGCAAGAAGCAGCUUCCACAUGGGUCUUAUACAACCCUGCCAGAGACACGAGACACUGUUCAUGUCAAAGAGGUGACCAAGAAUGUCAGUGAGACAAACUAUAAAAAGAAGUUUGUGAAGGAGAAAGGCAGGUCUAAUUAUUCUGUCAUGCUGGAGCCUCCCGAAGUGAAACAUGCCAUGGACGUUGCUAAAAAACAGAGUACAAUUGAAUACAAGAAAGAUGCCAAGUCAAAGCUCCACUACACACCCAUAGCAGAUCGACCAGAUAUUAAGAAAGCAACUCAGGCUGCCAAGUUAAUUAGUGAUAUUGAAUAUAAAAAGCGUGGAGAAGCUGGCAUUGGCGUAACCAUGCUGGGACGUCCAGAUAUUGAACUGGCAAAGGAGGUGUCCAAGCUAACUAGCCAGGUGAAAUACAAGGAGAAUUUUUCCAAAGAGAUGGGUAAGAAGCCAAAGUAUGAUUUAAAGGAGGCUAAAAUCUACAAGACCAUGAAAGAUGCUCACAACAUGGCUAGUGAGGUGAAAUACAAGGCAGAUUUAAAGAAACUUCACAAGCCUGUCACAGACAUGUCUGAAUCGCUGAUCAUGAACCAUGUCCUGAGUACAAGCCAGCUUGCCAGUGCUUACCAGUACAAGAAGCAAUAUGAGAAGAGUAAGGGUCACUACCAUGUGGUGCCAGAUAAUCUUGAACAGGUUCAUCUAAGGGAGGCAUCAGAACUACAGAGCCACGUGAAAUACAGAGAAAAGUAUGAGAAGGAAAAAGGAAAACCUAUGUUGGACUUUGAAACUCCAACAUACCUUACUGCAAAGGAAUCUCAGCUCAUGCAGAGUGAGAAAGAAUAUAAGAAGGACUUUGAAGAGUCCAUUAAGGGCAGAAACCUUACUGGCUUGGAGAUUACACCAUCCUUAUUACAUGUCAAAUACGCAACCAAAAUAGCAAGCGAGAAAGAGUACAGGAGGGAUCUGGAGGAAGGUGUCAAAGGUAAAGGACUAACAGCUUUAGAGGAGACUCCAGACAUGUUAAGAGCGAAGAACGCAACUCAAAUCCUGAACGAGAAAGAGUACAAAAAAGCCUUGGAAUUAGAAAUCAGAGGAAAAGGUCUGACAGAACUGGCUUUGGAGACACCAGAUUUUGUGAGAGCAAAGAAUGCCACCGACAUUGCCAGCCAGAUCAAAUACAAACAAUUGGCAGAAAUGGAGAAAGCCAAUUACACCAGUGUUGUCGAUACUCCAGAGAUUAUUCAUGCCCAGCAGGUCAAGAACCUUUCGAGCCAGAAAAAGUAUAAGGAAGAUGCAGAAAGGACCAUGCCAUACUAUGUGCCUGUAGCAGACACACCAGAAAUGCAGAGAGUCCGUGAGAAUCAAAAGAACUUUAGCACACUUCAGUAUCAGUGGGACCUACAGAACAGUAAAGGAAAAGUUACAGUUGUACAAGACACACCAGACAUGCUGCGUGUGAAAGAAAACCAGAAGAAUUUCAGCUCGGUUUUAUAUAAAGAAGAUAUUGGAACGGGGACAACUAUUGAAAAGACACCUGAGAUGCAGAGAGUUAAACGAACCCAGGAUGCAAUCAGCUCGAUUAAGUACAAGGAGAGUAUUGGAAAAGGAACUCCAAUUCCGGAUCUUCCAGAAGUGAAGCGUGUCAAGGAGACACAGAAGCACAUCAGUUCGGUAUUGUACAAAGAGGACCUAGGGACAGGUAUCCCAACACCUGUCACUCCAGAAAUAGAGAGAGUCAAACGCAAUCAAGAACACAUUAGCUCGGUGUUAUACAAAGAGGGCUUAGGGACUGGCAUCCCAACACCGGUUACUCCAGAGAUGGAGAGAGUCAAACGUAAUCAAGAGAACAUUAGCUCGGUGUUUUACAAAGAGGGGCUGGGGAUUGGAACCCCAGUACCUGUAACUCCUGAGAUGGAGAGGGUCAAACGCAAUCAAGAAAACUUUAGCUCGGUGUUAUACAAAGAGGAUCUGGGGACAGGAACCCCUACACCUGUCACUCCUGAGAUUGAAAGAGUCAAACGCAAUCAAGAAAACUUUAGCUCGGUGUUGUACAAAGAGGAUCUGGGGACAGGAACCCCUACACCUGUCACUCCUGAGAUUGAAAGAGUUAAACGCAAUCAAGAAAACUUUAGCUCGGUGUUGUACAAAGAGGAUCUGGGGACAGGAACCCCAAUACCUGUCACUCCUGAGCUUGAGAGAGUCAAACGCAAUCAAGAACACAUUAGCUCGGUUUUGUAUAAAGAAAAUGUAGGGAAAGCAACCCCAACACCUGUCACUCCUGAGAUGGAAAGAGUCAAACGCAAUCAAGAAAUCAUUAGCUCGGUUUUGUACAAAGAAAAUGUGGGGAAAGUGACCCCAACACCAAUCACUCCAGAGAUGGAGAGAGUCAAACGCAAUCAAGAAAUCAUUAGCUCGGUGUUGUACAAAGAAAACUUGGGGCGAGCAACCCCCACACCUAUCACUCCAGAGAUGGAGAGAGUCAAACGCAAUCAAGAACACAUUAGCUCGGUUGUAUACAAAGAAGGCUUAGGGAAGGCAACUCCCACACCGGUCACUCCAGAGAUGGAGAGAGUCAAACGCAAUCAAGAACAGAUUAGCUCGGUUUUGUACAAGGAACAUCUGGCAAAAGGAACUCCAACACCAAUGACUCCAGAGAUGGAGAGAGCUAAACGCAAUCAAGAAAACAUCAGCUCGGUUCUUUAUUCAGAUAGUUUCCGAAAACAAGUACAAGGCAAAGCUGCGUAUGUACUGGAUACACCUGAAAUGCGGCGUGUACGAGAGACCCAGAAGCACAUCUCUACAGUGAAAUACCAUGAAGAUUUUGAGAAAAACAAAGGUAGUUUCACACCUGUGGUUACGGACCCCAUUACAGAACGCGUGAAAAAGAACAUGCAGGACUUCAGUGACAUUAGCUAUAGGGGCAUUCAAAGGCGAGUAGUAGAAAUGGAGCGAAAGCGCGUGGACCAGGAUCAAGAGAAUCUCACAGGUCUUCGUGUGUGGCGCACUAACCCCGGGUCAGUCUUUGACUACGACCCAGCAGAAGACAAUAUUCAGUCCAGAAGCAUACACAUGAUCUCUGUCCAAGCCCAGCGCCGCAGCCGGGAGCACUCCCGCUCUGCCAGUGCCUUGAGCCUCAGCGGUGGCGAUGAAAAAUCCGAACCCUCGGACGGCGUGGAUCAACAUUUGUCCUACUACAGCAACGAGGGCUUCUUUGCCACAAGUGCAACAGUGGGCUACAAACAUGCUAAAACCAUAGAGUUACCACAACAACGGUCAUCAUCAGUCGCCACCCAGCAAACAACAGUAUCAUCGGUUCCUUCGCACCCGUCUACUGCUGGUAAGACCUACCGGGCCAUGUAUGACUAUAUGGCAGCUGAUGCCGAUGAGGUUUCCUUCAAAGACGGCGACACAAUUGUAAACGUACAAGCAAUUGAUGAAGGCUGGAUGUAUGGGACUGUCCAGAGAACCGGCAAGACUGGCAUGCUGCCCGCCAACUACGUAGAAGCUGUCUAAACCAAAGCACGUCUUCCCGUAAAGCCUAUCUGCAUGGCACAGACAUGCCGGCACUUCUCAAAAUGUAAGCCUUCGAAAAGGGUUUGUAACACUUCUUCCAAAGUGCCUUAUUGUCUUCCAUGUUGAUAGGGCCUUAUGAACCAGGAUGUGAAAAAAAAGAAAAAAAAAGAAAAAAAGAGUAACUGCAGAGCAAAAUAUUCUUGAAACAUCCUUUCAAAAACAUUUUUGGAAGCUACCUGUAAACACACUACUAGGCAUUGCUCAUGAGAACUCCAUUUCUUCCAAUGUCAAAAAAACCAAACCAAACUUUUUAAACAUUGCCUGGACUUUCAAACAUUUCAACGUCACAUGCCAUCACAAUGGUUAACUAUGCUAGAACUGCAAUCCAGUUCAGUGUCUCUGAAAUUCUAUACAUGUACUUAAGACUACCAAGUAUUACUUUAUUCAUUCUCCCAUAAAGAGAGUAUUUUUCUGGGCUAUUCUAAAAUGUUUGAAUGUAUUCACUUCUUUUCCAUAUAAGCAACAUUUAAGCUUAGUAUUUCAAACCAACAUUUAGUUGGGGGGGGCCGCGGAAUAACCAAACCAACCCAAACGCCUCUCCUCCUGCUUGCUGAGAUCCUAUGCAUGUGUUUUUCAUGCAACUGUUCUGGGGUCAAAAGCUGUUAUUACUUGUAAAUUAGUGACUAAAUAAAGCUAAUGUU